AUGGAGAGGGGUCUUUGGACCAAUUAUAAGAACGAAAAUAUUUUAAUAUACGAAUACACGCCUAACAAAAGUUUAGAUUGUUUCCUCUCCAAUCCUGACAAAAGAGAAUUACUAAGUUGGACAACGCAUGAAUGUUAUAAAAGGAGCGACUCAAAGACUAGUGUAUCUCCACGAAUAUUCAAGGUUGAAGGUGAUACAUCACAUUUGAAAGCCUACAACAUCUUGCUUGAUCACAACUUGAAUCCAAAAAUAUCAGAUUUUGGAUUGGCAAUAAUAUUUGGGUACAACAAUCUGAAGCAGAAACCAAUAAAAUCGUCGGAACAUAGUAAGUUAACAAUAUUGGUCAAUAACCAAGCAAAUGUUAAACAAUUCACAGGUAUCACCGGAAGUAUAUUUGUUUAUCACAUCGAUGGCUACAUGUCUCCUAAUCCGAGUGGCGAGAAAAAUUAUAGCAGUUGUCCCUCAGAACGCCAGCUAAAUCUUAUAUCCCAUGCAUGGGAACUUUGGAAAGAAGGAAGAGUUGUAGAACUAAUGGAUUCGAGACUGGAUAAUCCAAGCCCAAAGGAAGAAAUCAUGAGACGUAUCUCGGUGUUGGAUGUUGCUCUGAAAAUGGCCACUAAUACAACAUCAUUCGGAGUUGCGAGAGAACCAAUAAGGGUUCAGGGUCAAAAUGAACCAAGUCAUGAGAACCAUGAACGGUUUAGGGAAGAUAUUGUAUGA